AUGGCAGAAGGAUUUUUGCAUAAAUCAACCACCAGCAAGUCAAUGGAACGAUUGGGUCUUGAAGGUUUUGAAGACUUGUUGGCAAGGUUAGACAUUGAGAUGAAGAAGGAAUUUAGGAAGGAAACUUUGGAAAAGCACCGCCAUUUCUCAUUUGUUUGUGAGGAGUACAUGGUUUACAAAAGGGUCCUUAGUUUGUGUCAACUCAACAUAAGCGAGGUACCUAAAUCCAUUAGUAGUUUGAAGCACUUGCGUUAUCUUAAUUUAUCUCGGACUAAAAUCACACAUGUACCAGAUCAUGUCUGCAACCUUUAUAAUUUACAGACAUUGAUUGUUUCUGGCUGUGAGAGUUUGAAAAAAUUGCCGGAGACGUUCUCAAAGCUUAAAAAUUUGCUGCAUUUUGACAUGCGGGAUACUCCACUUUUGAAGAAGAUGCCAUUAGGGAUUCUUGAGUUGAAAAGCCUAAAAACUCUCUAUGGGAUUGUUAUUGAAGGAGAAAAUGGAUUUUCAAUAACUAAGCUUAAGGAUUUAAAGAUUAUUCAAGGGAAACUUUAUAUUAAAGGGCUGGAAAAAGUUCUCGGAUUAACGUAUGCACAGGAAGCAAACUUAUCUGAAAAGAGGCUAACCGACUUAGAGUUGGAAUGGAGUGAUGUAUUUGAUGGUUCUCGAAAGGAAGCACUUGAAAAGGAGGUCCUCACUAAGCUCAAUCCUCAUAACGUAACUCUAAAAGAACUCAAAAUCGUGUCAUAUGGAGGUAUAGAAGUUCCAAGUUGGGUUGGGGAUCCCUCAUUUAGUCAGCUGACUCGUGUUUCGAUAAGUGGUUGUAAAAGUUGUACAUCUCUACCACAAAUUGGGAAAUUACCAUUACUUAAGGAGUUGGUUAUUGAAGGCAUGGAUGAGGUAAAAGUUGUGGGUUUGGAGUUGCUUGGGUCUGGUCUUGCAUUCCCUUCACUUGUAAAUUUAACUUUUCGAGAUAUGGAUGGGUGGGAGGUUUGGUCAACCAGUAUUAGGGUUGUCGGUACAUCAUUUCCAUGCCUUCAAGAGCUUCAUAUUGAAAGUUGUCCUAAUUUGGUUAGAGUCUCACUUGAAGCAUUAACUUCAUUGAGGGUUCUAACAAUAAUUGGUUGUGGCCACAAAGUUUUAAAAGGUUUGGUCGGUGUAGCUUCGUCAAUCACUGAGUUGGAUAUAAGAACUAUUUCUGGGCUUAAUGAUCAUGUGUGGGGAGGUGUUAUAGAGUAUCUUGGGGCAGUUGAAGAAUUAAGAAUGAGAGAGUGUAAUGAAAUAAGAUACCUGUGGGAAUCAGAAGUAGAUGCAAGUAAGCUUCUUGUGAAUUUAAGGACGUUGUUUGUAAGCAAUUGUUCAAAUUUGGUGAGUUUAGGAGAGAAAGAGGACGAGGAGAGUUGUGGGAGCAACCUAACAUCUCUUACAAGCUUGUCCAUAUUGGGUUGUGACAGCUUGGAACAUUGCAGCUGUCCAAAUAGCCUUAUGACACUUUACAUCGAGAAUUUUGAUUGGCCAAAUCUGAAAUCGAUCGCUGAAUUGAGUUCCUUCAAUCACAUCAGGCAACUCGUAAUAAUCAAUUGUCCAAAUUUGGAGUCAUUUCCUGACCACGAGUUGCCAGAACUCAAUGUGUUAACACAUCUGACAAUAUUAGAUUGUGAAAGUUUGGAUGCUUCCUUUUCUAUUUGGCUUUGGCCUCCAAAAUUGUGUUCGCUUAGGAUAGGGGGGUUGAAGAAGUCCAUGUCAAAGUGGGGCCCACAGACAUUUCCAACCUCACUUGUGAGCCUAUGUUUAACAGGUGGACAGUCAGGAGAUAAAGUGGAAUCAAUUUCUACGGGACUCCAACACCUCACCUCCCUCCAACUUCUCAUUGUUUUUGAAUGCCCAAAGACAAGAGAUCUACCAGAAAUGUUGCUGCCUUCACUUUUGAGUUUGGAAAUCUAUGGAUGCCCAAUUCUGAAAGAAAGGAGUAGUAAAAGAGGUUCCUACGGGCCCCUCGUAUCACGUAUCCCCUUCGAUGAGAUAUCUCAGAGUUACCUGAGGAGUAACAAACUUAAUCUGAAGUCUCUAUGUUUAAGAGAUAGGCUGAAAACAGAACAUAAACAGGGAGACCAUCCAAUGUUCCAACAUUUUGAAGUCACAACACUUGCACUCUUUGCUUUAUGA